AAGAAAUGAUUUGUGCUGCAAGACGUCAUCAUCUCACAGCUGCUGUUUACCAUCAUCUCUGCGCAGUAAGGAUUCAGAGAGCUGUGCGAGCGCACUGGGCUCUUAAAUCAGCCAAGAAGGAAAUCUCUUCAGUCCUAUACAUCCAGAGAUGGAUUUUAUCUCCGCACUGAGAGAGAGGGGUGUCCCAGAGGAGAACCUGACAAAAAUGGAGGAAGAUAAGAUUGAUCCUGCUGUUGCCAGACUUCUAAAUGAAGAGGAACUGUCUAAGUAUAUACCUCGAUAUGGCGACAGGGUCUUUGCAAAGAACUGGAUGCCGGUAAAUGCAGAAGAACAUAGGAAUGAAGACAGAAAACAGAAAUUGAUUAACCGAUUGAGAGAAAAAAUGAAACUCCCAGCAAUUCAAAAUCAGAAAAAAAAAAUAUGGACUUGGCAAUAAAAAUGCUGAAAGCAAGACAAGGAAAAUUGAACUUGGCUGGAUGAACUACCAAGAUGACAGCUACAAACAAGUUAGAAGACCCAAAGGAGGUGGAACACGAGAAAUCGUUGUUAAAAAAGAAGACACUGUGUCAAAGGUUCUGGAUAUCGGGAGAAAACAUUUUUUCCUGAUGGUGAAUCAACUAAAGGGAAUGCUGAUGAUUUCAACUUUAUGCUCUGUGUCACUGGCUCUGAAGAACCACUCAGAGAAGUUCAGACAAUUGGUGACUUGUAUGAGGCAACACAUUACAAAGUCCUUAGACUAUAUGUGUGCACAAGACUGAAAGAUCAGAAUUCUGAUCAAAGUGAUGAAACUGACAGGAAUCUGACUCUAAAGAGACCCCGGCUUACUUCCUCUCCAGACAUAAGUCCAUGUACUUCAGGAUGUCACAAUCAGAACAGAAGUGAAAAUUUGCACUCCCCACCUUCUACGCCUGUGAGUUUGAAUGAUGAUGUACUCCAGUCUUCUGAUGAUGAAGUGGUGUUCCUAAGUAAUGAUUUGAACACAUCCUUUGACAUGGUCUCUGACACACUUGUAUACUCACCUUUACAUGUUGAGUGUGUGGGGACAGAAACAUUUGUAGAAACAAUACUGGAAACUGUUCCAUCUGAGUCAGAUUCAGUCUUCAUUCCAGGUAGCAAUUUCUGUGACAUAUCAGAUGCUGAAGUUACAGAUGUGCUAGAAGAUCCACCUCAGUCAACUGACACCCAGGAGCCAACAAACAAUGACUCUUUCUUUGAAAAUCCAAGGCAUGUGACUGAAAGUGAAACAGUUAUAAUUCGCAGAGUUCACUGUGUAAAUGAUAUGAUUCAAGCUUUUUCAGACAAAAACAUUCUGCAUGCCAAUGUGACAUUGAAACGUGUACUCGAAAAUGGUGAGGAGGAAGCUGGCAUCGGUGAUGGAGUGUUCCGGGACUGUAUUACUGAAUUCUGGGACAUAUUUUUUGCAACAAGAACAUGUGGAACAACUUACAAGAUACCUACUCUGCAUCACACUUUCCAAGAAAGCGAGUGGGAAGCUGUUGCACGUAUUUUUGCCAUUGGGUGGCUGCGCUUUGGUUACUUGCCAAUUCAGCUGGCACCUCCUUUUCUAAAAGAAGCACUGUCCCUUCCUUCACCAGAAACCAGUCUAAUGGAGGCGUUUUUCAAUUACAUUAGUCCAACAGAGAAGGAUGUUUUAAGUGAAGCGCUCCAAGACUUCCAAAGUGCUGACAUGGAUGAAGUCCUCAGUGUCCUCAGCAGUCACAGCUGCACAGUGCUUCCUAAUGAAAACAAUCUCCAGAAAAUACUGGAAGAAAUUGCACAUAAAGAGAUGGUGCAACAACUAGCCUACAUAAUAAAGUGCUGGAAACCCAUUCUGCGAUCUAUUGGGGAAACCAUGACUGCAGAAAGUCUGGACAAGAUAACUGUAAAUCUCCAACCAAAGGCAAGACAUGUGGCAAAAUCCAUUAUCUUCCCACAAUCAAUGUCCCCAUCUGAAACAAUUGUAUCAAAUCAUCUCUUGCGAUUCAUUAGGGAGAGAGACCAGAAGGAGCUUGGUCUUUUUCUCAGAUACUGCACAGGGUCUGAUUUAUUUCUCUCCAAGACAGUUCAAGUAACAUUUAAAGAAAUGAGUGAGUUUUCAAGAAGGCCCAUUGCCCACACUUGUACACAGCACCUGGAACUUGCAAACGACUACAGCAUCUAUGCAGAAUUUAGGGCAGAGUUUUGCUCUGUGCUAAACAGUGGAGUGUGGGUAAUGGAUAUGUCGUAGACAUAUGAAGGUUAAAGUUGAAGUGCCUGCACCAGGUGAAAAAGUUAAGAUGUCUGUAAGUUAGCUUAAAUGAUCAUUACAAACUGAAAGAAAUGUUUAAUGUUAAUAAGUUAUAUGCUGUUCAUGAAGUUGAAAGAAGUAAUUUUAAAAACUAUUGUGAAUGGAAUAAUGUGAUUUUCAAAUUUUACAGUAAUUCUAAUAUAAAUUUAACUAGUUUGAAUCUGACAGUUUUAUGUUCUCCUGUCAGGUUUUUAUUCCAUCUUUACAUUUUUCCCCAUGUGUACAUCCAACAGUUAAUCUAAAUAAUCUAUGGUUGAAGAAGUACAGUUGCACUUGAAUUGUUUUAUUUGCAUUAAUUGAAUCAUAUUUUUGUUUCAUUUUUGUCACAAUUGUGUACUCACUUAUUAUAAACUGAAAAUAAUAUUUUCAUGUUAUACAUUAGAUCCAGUUCAUGAAGUUAAAAUUUGAGUAAUUUUAAAAAAACUCUUGUGAAUUGAACUCUUGUGAAUUUAACUGUUUUUUCAGUUUUACACUAUUUCUAGAAGUUUAGUGGACUGAUUUGAAUGGGAGAGUUUUGUUUUCCAAUCAAGCAUUUUUAUUCUUGAUUACACAUUUUUCCAUUUAUACAUCCAAAAUUUGAUCUAAAUAAUAUGUUGUUGAAGCUGCACAGAUGCACUUAAAUAGUUUUAUUUGCAUCAACUGAUUCAUUUAUUUCUGUACACAGUUGUAUGGAUCUUUCAAUUGCUUUCAUAUUAAAACAAAGUUCUUUGACUCAUCCA